CAAAUUUUAUAAGCAUACUCUCCACUCUAUUAUCCAGGUCAUGAAUUAAGAUAUUGACUAGUACCAGACCCAGGACUGACCCCUGUGGAACCCCACUAGAUAUAUUCUCCCAGUUUGUCAACGAACCAUUGAGGACUACUCUUGGAGUAUGGUCUUUCAACCGAUUGUCCACCCACCUUAUAGUAAUUUCAUCUAUGCCACUUUUCCCUAGUUUCCUUAUGAGAAUGGCAUGUAGGAUUCUGUCAAAAGCCUUUAAAAAAAGAAAAAUUAAGUCGUACCAUGUCUACUGCUUCCCCCCAUCCACUAGGCCAUUAACCUUGUCAAAGAAGGAAAUUAGGUUGGUUUGGCAUAAUUUUUCUUGACAAAGCCAUGCUGGCUAUUCCUUGCAACCUUCUUAAUCUUAUGGGGUUUACAAACUGAUUGUUUAAUCAUUUGUUCCAGUAUUUUUCCAGGUAUUGAAGUUAGGCUGAUUGGUCUGUAGUUCCCUGGGUUCUCUUUCUUCCCUUUUUAAAGUACAUCAGAUGCAGGAAGGCUGCCAAACAAUGAGUGGGGCCACUGGCCAUUGGCGGUGCUAAAGGAGCACUCCAGGAAGACAAAGCCAUUGCUGAGAAGACAGGCCGCCGUCCCCAGUCAACGUGACUGUUACGCACCUGAAGGCAAACUCCGCCACCGUCUCGUGGGAUGUCCCGGAGGGAGACGUCAUCAUUGGCUAUGCCAUCUCACAGCAGCGGCAGGAUGGGCAAAUGCAGCGGUUCAUCCGGGAGGUGAACACCACGAACCGGGCCUGCGUGCUGUGGGACCUGGCGGAGGACGCAGACUACAUCAUCCAGGUGCAGAGCAUCGGCCUGCACGGAGAGAGCCAGGCCAGCAAGAGAGUCCAUUUCCGGACCCUGAAAGAGACCGACCGCCUCCCCUCCAACAGCUCCAACCAAGGUGACAUCACCGUGGAAGGGCUGGACAAGGAGCGGCAACUCCAGACUGGGGAGAUUGUCAUCAUCGUGACUGUGCUGCUCAUGUGGGCAGCGGUGAUCGCACUCUUCUGCAGACAGUAUGACAUUAUCAAGGACAACGACUCCAACAACAACAAGGAAAAGACCAAGCCGUCCUCAGAGCACAGCACGCCGGAGCGACCCACAGGGGGGCUACUGCGCAGCAAGAAAAAGUCUCUAUCUGUCAAUAUCAUUGAGGUGUGAGCACAGUCCAGCUCUGGAUCCGAGGGCCCUGGGAAUGCUGCCAGAGCCGAGGAAGAUCAUGGGAUAAAAGGACACCACCAGGCUGCCAGCCUGCAACCCUCAGCAUGCAAAGAAUUGUUUAUCAGAAAUUCUGCUUCUUCCAAGGCCUUCUCCCCCCGAGGGGAUCUGCAUGGAGACUGUUUGGAUGAUGCAUGCAGAACUCAGCCUCACACCCAUCAUGUAACUGCCCAGGAGUCAAUGGGGAGCCUGGAACAGCACCGAAAGAACAAACAGCCAUAUCCGGAUUUCAAGGGAUGGGGGAGCCUCCUGCUGAUGCAGGGAUAAUGUCGUGGACAUGGGAUCUCAUGGCCCUGUCACUCAGCAACUGUUAGGUAAAUGGCAGUGUCCCCUCAUGUUCAUGCUGUUAUAGCCCUAGGUAUUGCCAGACCUAAGCCGGGGCGCAGACAUAGCCCCAGUUACCAGAGAGCCCUAGGAGGGGUCUAGCUCUCAUCCAGCACGCCUGGAGACUCAGAGGGAUUUUCUGUUUGUUUACAGUCCCAGAGAAGUGCCCACUUUCCAGCCCCCUAACCCUGCAAGCCCAGACUGUGGGGCCCACAGAGGUGGAGGUGCUAGCUCAGGAAGGGCUGGCAAGAGAACUGAUCGGAGCUUUGCAGGACGGCCCCAUGCGCCCUGCAGACGCAGCCAGAGAUGGAAUCCCAGCCCAAGGAGGCAGGAGGUUGGCUGGGUCACUGAGCUGACUUCAGCAACUGGCAGCUCAGAUGAGCUUCCAUCCCUUCCCUGAGUGUGAGUGCCACCACCGCAGGGAGGUGAGGACCUCAGACCAGGAAGUGCCAAUGCUGCUUCCCACUGUGCCCGGCAAAGCAGAGCAGGGCAGGGCCUUGCUGCAGAGACAGGGGCCGCAGGGGAGAGUUCUCCCUAUCACACCUCACGCCUGCCCAGUUUGUAGGGUGGCAGGGACGUACCCAGUGCCCAUAGAAACAUAUCCCUGCUAACUGCAUGGCCUGGGCGGUCUCCAGGUCACAGUUCAGCUCUGGGUGUGGGAGGGAAAUCUAGCACAUGUAGCUCUGAGCCCUCUCCUCCUCUGCCUCUGGCUCCCGCGGAGGCUUCCAGCAGUCCUGGUGAGGCCACAUGGAGCCGGAGUCUGGACCACUGGGAAACAACCCCAGGCCACAGAGAAAUGGGUGCGGCCGGGGAGAGAAUACCAUGCUGAAUCCCCAUGCCCCCGGGGGGCAAAGGCCUCAAUGCAAACUGCCUGCAGCCCAUAUGCCUCUGCCCAUCAGUCAAAGGCCUCAGCUCAGGGCCCUGCCCCUCACUUUGCCCCCUGCAGGGCAAAGACCUUAUCGUAGGGCCUGCCCCAGCCCCCUUACUCUGCCCCCUGCAGGGCAAAGGCCUUAUCGUAGGGCCUGCCCCCAGACCCCUCACUCUGCCCCCUGCAGGGCAAAGACCUUAUCGUAGGGCCUGCCCCCAGACCCCUCACUCUGCCCCCUGCAGGGCAAAGGCCUCACCACAGGGCCCUGCCCCCAGACCCCUCACUCUGCCAAGGCCUCACCACAGGGCCUGCCCCAGCUCUAUCCUACUGCUCUUUCCUGUUUUUAAGCCUGGCAUGGAAGGCCUCACAGCAGGUCCUGCCCCGAUUGCAGCCUGGUUUUAUGUUGGGUCCCUAUGGCGUGUGUGAGGGGAUGGUUCCUUUACACACCAGUGCAUGGCCUAGAAGGGGUUGGUCUCCAUCCCUAGGGAGAUGCUGCUGCUGGAGAGAGGCUGUCCCAGGGCUUCCCAGACACACAGCGCCUGCUCUGUAGGAGGCAAUGGUGUCAGAGUCUGUGCAGGGCGCCAUUCCCCCUAGGAAACGUGCUACUCCAGCCCACCCUCCUCACAUCAUCAGCCCUGAACCUGGGCAGAGUUCUCCCGCCCUACCCCAUGGCUGCCACGGCAACCCUUUGCAGCCUCCCAUGACUGCCUCGGGCACUGCCAUGGCCUAGUUCCAGUGACGCACUCCUGGGGUGGGCAGCAGGCCAUCUGGGAUCUCUCUGCCAACGGGGGCCUGGUGCGCAGGAUUCUAAGCCUGAGUUCUGUAGUGUCAUCAUGGCACAACCCCACCCCAGGGUGCUCACAGACCCAGGCUCAGCAGGUCGUUAUAGCUUGAAUCCAUGCCUGUGCCCCAGUCUCACAUAGGGGAGACGCUUCCAGUCCGACGGGGCUGUAGUCCCCACUGCUCCUAUGGUGCCAGCUGUUACUCCUUCCCCCCAGAGCAGGCAGCACCCCCUGGCCCAGGGUCCCAUGGGAGAGGGCGGUGCUUAUUCCACUAGGACCUUCUGCUGGAAAGGAGCUGACCCAAGCAACUCAGAAACACCAAUGAAACCCCCCAAGUUCUUGUACUGUAUGGACAAAACAGGUUGUCCAGCAGGGUGUCUGCACCGCUCACUGCCCAUCAGCCAGGGAAGCGUUCAGGACAGAGGAGUACCCAGGGGUGGUUAAAGCUGAACAUCUCCUGUUAACACCCAAACUCCAGGGUCCAUGUGGCAUCACCGUGGACUGAAUUGUGCCAUUUGGAACCAGCAUUGCUCCUAACUAAAAGCUGAGGCCAAACCAACCCCAGCCCCUCUCCCCCACAUCUGCCUUCCUCCAUCAGAAGAGAACAGAACAGCCUCCACUGGAGGAAUGACAGGUUGUAGCCUGCUCCCCCGGGGCCGGGAGGUGUCUGUGCAGCCCCCACUGGAGAAAUGACAGGUUGUAGCCUGCUCCCCCGGGGCCGGGAGGCUGUCUGUGCAGCCCCCACUGGAGGAAUGACAGGUUGUAGCCUGCUCCCCCGGGGCCGGGAGGUGUCUGUGCAGCCCCAGGCUUGAUGAGAAUCACAGGAUCCAGCGUCUUCCAGGAACUUAUCUUCAAGCAAAACAAUUUCAGACUCUUCCCUCCAAGUGCUGCUUAGCUCCUGCCAUGGGAAUACCAAGGGGCAGGGCAAGUGGCUCCCUGCAGCAGGGUCUUUUCAAUAAAAGUCUCUGGCUGAAAGGCA